UGCCAAGGCAGGCAGGCCAGGACCAUGACUCCACUCAGCCAGCCAAGGCAGGCAGGCAGGAGCCAGGACUCCAGCCAGCUAGCCAAGGCAGGCAGGCAGGAAUCAGGACUCCAGUCAGCCAGCCAAGGCAGGCAGGUAGGAGCCAGGACUCCAGUCAGCCAGCCAAGGCAGGCAGGCAGGAGUCAGGACUCCAGUCAGCCAGCCAUGGCAGGCAGGCAGGAGCCAGGACUCCAGCAAGCCAGCCAAGGCAGGCAGGCAGGGGCCCGGGCUCCAGCCAGCCAGCCAAGGCAGGCAGGCAGGAGUCAGGACUCCAAUCAGCCAGCCAAGGCAGGCAGGCAGGAGGAAGGACUCCAGUCACCCAGCCAAGGCAGGCAGGAAGGAGUCAGGACUCCAGUCAGCCAGCCAAGGCAGGCAGGCAGGAGCCAGGACUCCAGUCAGCAAGCCAAAGCAGGCAGGCAGGAGCCAGGUCUCCAGGCAACUAGACAAGGCAGGCAGGCAGGAGCCAGGACACCAGCCAGCCAGCCAAGGCAGACAGGCAAGGACCAUGAUCCAGUCAAACAGCCAAGGCAGGCAGGCAGGAGCCAGGACUUUAGCCAGCUAGCCAAGGCAGGCAGGCAGGAGCCAGGACUCCAGACAGCCAGCCAAGGCAGGCAGGCAGGGGCCAGGAUUCCAGCCAGCCUGCCAAGGCAGGCAGGCCAGGACCAUGACUCCACUCAGCCAGCCAAGGCAGGCAGGCAGGAGCCAGGACUCCAGACAGCUAGCCAAGGCAGGCAGGUAGGAGCCAGGACUCCAGUCAGCAAGCCAAUGCAGGCAGGCAGGAGCCAGGACUCCAGUCAGCAAGCCAAUGCAGGCAGGCAGGAGCCAGGACUCCAGGCAACUAGACAAGGCAGGCAGGCAGGAGCCAGGACUCCAGCCAGCCAGCCAAGGCAGACAGGCAAGGACCAUGAUCCAGUCAAAGAGCCAAGGCAGGCAGGCAGGAGCCAGGACUCCAGUCAGCCAGCCAAGGCAGGCAGGCAGGGGCCAGGAUUCCAGCCAUCCUGCCAAGGCAGGCAGGCCAGGACCAUUACUCCACUCAGCCAGCCAAGGCAGGCAGGCAGGAGCCAGGACUCCAGCCAGCUAGCCAAGGCAGGCAGGCAGGAGCCAGGACUCCAGUCAGCCAGCCAAGGCAGGCAGGCAGGAGUCAGGACUCCAGCAAGCCAGGCAAGGCAGGCAGGCAGGCGCCCGGGCUCCAGCCAGCCAGCCAAGGCAGGCAGGCAGGUGCGAGGACUCCAGACAGCCUGCCAAAGCAGGCAGGCAAGGACCAUGACUCCAGUCAGCCAGCCAAUGCAGGCAAGCAGGAGCCAGGACUCCAGCCAGCUAGCCAAGGCAGGCAGGCAGGAGCAAGGACUCCAGUCAGCCAGCCAAGGCAGGCAGGCAGGAGCCAGGACACCAGCCAACUAG